AUGUUUUCCAGCAGAGCGGUGUUUCGCGCGGGUACUGCGGCUCGGCUGCAGAGGACCUGGGGCCCUGCUCGGUCGGUUCCUCGCCCGGGCGUCAUCGCGUGCGCUGCGACGAGGGCGUGGAAGACGACGACUACGACUUCGACAGGCGACGAGAAAUCAGGGCAUAUCGCGACGUCUCAGAGCGAGUCGAUCCUUUUCUUCGACAAUCUCUUCCCCCUAAAGCUCACUUGGCUACUUCGGUCCCGAGCCUGGCAAUCAGACACCGACUUUGGCGAUCUCCUCCAACGGUUCGAAAGCUCCAGCUUGGGCAUCACCGACCCAAUUUCUUUGGUCAAACGAGCCAUACCGAACGACCUUCCUAUCAAAGUGACAGAGCUUCUACCACGUUUCAAGGAUGGAGGAGUUUAUGUCAAGUUCAGCCAUACUGCCGAUGUUGACGCUAAAGAGAUUGAGACCUCCCUCGCACGAACUCUGGAGAAGAACCCCAUACGUCCCUGGUUCAACCCCUUUCGCGGCAUCAAAGCUGGACUUGUCAAAGGCGUACCCUGGCUCGAAGAUCUAUACCGAUUCCCGAAAAACAGGGUGAAGGUUGAAUUCACAGGCAAAGAUGCUGGCGGAGAGGCCGUUGAGCUCUCGCAAGAGGACUUGUACAGUCUCUUCCGCAAGUAUGGAAAAAUCGCGGAAAUCACCUCUCAGCCGUCCGACUCCAAGGUUCUGCCGAAAUACGCUUACGUCGACUUCGCACUUGUCCGUGACGCAAUCAUGGCGAGGAACUGUAUGCAUGGCUUUGUUGCCGGGGAAGCUCUCGGCGGAGGCAAGAAUGGUACAAAACUUCGACUGUCGUAUGAGCAACGGGUCAAUCCUCACAACAUCUGGAACUGGCUCAGCAAUCACCCAAGAAUCGUAAUUCCUAUACUUGCCGCCCUACUUGCCGCCAUCACCGUAGCAAUCUUCGAUCCUAUCCGCGAGUUCUUCGUCAAGGCUCAUAUCCAACACUCCUUCCGCCUGACAGACAACAAGCUUUACAGAUGGGUCAAAAACCAGACGACGGACAUCUUCUCCUCUUUUGGUCGCAAAAAGAAUGACAAGGCCGGAUUCAAUGCGGUUUGGCAACACCGACGGGACCUGAUCGAGCAGAUCCAGACCUGGCUGCUUGAGAGCUCGGACACAUUCAUUGUGGUUCAAGGCCCACGAGGUUCUGGGAAAAAGGAACUCGUUCUGGAUCAAGCUUUGGAAGGCCGCAAACACGUCUUGGUUAUCGAUUGCAAGCCAAUUAUCGAAGCCAGAGGAGAAAGCGGUACGAUCAAACGUCUAGCUAACGCCGUGGGAUACAAGCCGGUCUUUGCGUUCUUGAACGGCAUGAGCAGCAUGAUCGAUCUCGCUGUCCAAAGCACAACUGGAGUCAAGGCUGGUUUCUCUGAGACGCUCGAGUCGCAGGUUGUCAAGAUCCUACACACAACUGCUGAGGCCUUGAAGGAAGUUUCGCUUUCGGGCCGUGACAAGGAUGGCAAAGACGCUGGCCUCUCAGAGGAUGCCUACCUGGAAGCCCACCCCGACAGACGGGCCGUUGUUGUUAUCGACAACUUCCUGCACAAGAACGAAUCGAGCAUCGUGUACGACAAGGUUGCCGAAUGGGCUGCUGCCAUGGUCCAGAACAACGUCGCCCACGUCAUUUUCCUGACUGACGACACGGCUUACUCGAAGUCCCUUUCGAGGGCGAUGCCUGACCGUGUCUUCCGACAGGCUGCGCUGGGUGAUCUCUCCCCCGACGUCGCCAAGAAGUUCGUCAUUAGCCGCUUGGAAGAGGAUGAACUCGACAAGGUCCGCGAGCGCUCGAAGGAGGCGCAACAGGAGGCAGAGAAGACUCCCGUUAAGGAGGAGCCGAAGCCUGAUCUGUCGGAGUUGGACGCAGCCAUUGGUAUCCUUGGUGGUCGUCUCACUGAUCUCGAGAACCUUGCUCGUCGCCUGAAGGGCAGCCAAAGCCCCCAGAAGGCAGUUGAAGACAUCAUCAACCAGAGCGCUACCGAGAUUGUCAAGAUGUAUCUCCUAGGCGGCAAGGACACCGUCGAGGGUAAGAAGUGGUCUACUGAGCAAGCGUGGUACCUGAUCAAGGCGCUCGCCUCACAUGACGCCCUCCGGUACAACGAGGUGCUUCUCUCUGACACUUUUGCAUCUUCAACCACUCCCGGGGCUUCCAAUGGCGAAUCGUCUCUCGAGGGCCUUACCAACGCGGAUCUCAUCACCGUCGAGACGUACAACGGUCGCCCACAGACUAUCCGCCCCGGUAAACCGAUGUAUCAGGCAGCUUUCAGCCUGCUUCUCGAGGACCGCGUACUCAGAGCGAAGAUGGACCUUGCACUCCUGAAGGAGCUGGCCAAGGUCGAGGCCAAGACGAUCGAAAAAGCGGAGAGCGAGCUGGCGCUGUUGGGCAACCUGCCUAAGCAGCCUUCGCAGACGGGUUCCCGCAUUGCAUACCUUCUCGACAAGCUUGAGGGAAGUCAGGUGAAGAUUACUCAGUCGAAUGAGGUUGCCGUCCAGAAUAUCGAAAAAGCCCGUCGCGGAUCCCAAGCGACAGUUGAUCUUAACGACAACACGGAAGCCAAAAUCAAGAACCCCCUCCUCGGCAUCACACGCGACGAGCUACUCCGGGACGUCGAACAUUUCGCCCACGACAAGGGCUUAGACGAGUACUUGCCCCUCCUCAAAAAGGGUGCCCUCGUUGCCCAAGACCCCACCGGCUACGAAGACAUCGACGGCGCCGAAGCUCUCGAUGCCGACGAGAUUCAGGCUCUACGCGACGAAGUCCUGCACAAGUGGCGCAUCCCCAAGAUUUUAUAUCUCACUAUCAUCACUUGCUCUAUCGGAGCCGCUGUCCAAGGAUGGGAUCAGACGGGGAGUAACGGAGCGAACUUGUCGUUUCCCACGGUGUUUGGUAUUGGGUCCAACUCACAUCAUGAUACUCUUCUUGUCGGUCUCGUCAACUCUGCCCCUUAUAUCGGCUCUGCACUCAUCGGAUGCUGGCUUUCGGAUCCUCUGAACAACUGGGUGGGCCGUCGCGGAACCAUCUUCUUCGCCGCCAACUUCUGCAUCUGGCCUGUAAUUGGAGCUGCUUUUUCUCAAACAUGGGAACAGCUCCUGGCCUGUCGUCUCCUCCUCGGUAUCGGCAUGGGCGCAAAGGCCAGCACCGUCCCCAUCUUCGCCGCCGAGAACUCUCCAGCACCUAUACGAGGCGCCCUCGUGAUGAGCUGGCAAAUGUGGACAGCCUUCGGGAUACUCAUGGGUACAUGCGCUAAUUUAGCUGUUGGAAAGGCGGGAGAUAUAGCAUGGCGUCUCCAGCUCGGUUCCGCCUUCAUCCCGGCUGUCCCGCUGGCUCUGCUCAUCUAUGUUUGCCCAGAGUCUCCGCGUUGGUAUAUCAAGAAGAACAAGUAUCCGAACGCCAUGAAAUCGCUGCUCCGGCUGCGGAAUAAUCCGAUUCAGGCGGCGCGGGAUAUCUACUACAUCCAUACCCAGCUUCAGGUCGAGGCGGAGAUCAUUGGGCGGUCGAACUACGCCAAGCGGUUUAUCGAGUUAUUCACAAUUCCACGUAUCAGACGCGCAACCUUGGCUUCCUUCACGGUCAUGAUUGCCCAGCAGAUGUGUGGAAUCAACAUCAUCGCCUUCUACUCCUCCACAAUCUUCAAAGAGGCGGGAACCUCCGAGUUCAACGCCCUCCUCGCCUCCUUCGGCUUCGGCAUGGUCAACUUCCUCUUCGCCUGGCCGGCCAUCUGGACCAUCGACACCUUCGGCCGCCGCAGCCUCCUCCUCUUCACUUUCCCCCAGAUGGCCUGGACUCUGCUCGCGGCCGGUCUCUGCACGCUCAUCCCCGGCACCGGCGGCCUUCACCUGGGUCUCGUGGCCCUGUUUGUUUACCUCUUUGCCGCGUUCUACUCUCCCGGAGAAGGCCCGGUACCCUUCACCUACUCGGCCGAGGUCUUCCCGCUGUCCCACCGGGAGGUCGGCAUGGCCUGGGCCGUGGCGACCUGCCUCUUCUGGGCGGCCGUGCUGUCCAUCACGUUCCCCAUCAUGCUCGCGGUCCUGGGCGUCAUCGGGUCAUUCUGCUUCUACGCAGGGCUGAACGUGGUUGCGCUGGUGAUGAUAUUCUUCUGGCUACCCGAGACCAAGCAGCGCACCCUCGAGGAGCUCGACUACGUCUUCGCCGUCCCGACGCGGGUCUUCAUGCGCUACCAGCUCACCAAGGCCUUGCCGUACUGGUUCAAGCGCUGGAUCCUGUUCCGACGGGACGCCACGCUGGAGCCGCUGUAUAAGUUCGACCUCACACACGAGGAUCACCACGACGAUGGGGGAUACGACAAGACGCGAGUCGAGAUGCGGGACAAGAAGGAAGGCAGCUCGUGA